UUUUUUUGCUGCUGACCAAAUAUUUUCAAAUUUUGGCUGAUCCAGAUCACUUUUAUUUUUCUUUCCUGCUUCUUAAUUUGCAGCCCAACUUAGCAUGACCAUCGAGAUGAGGGUUUUCAUCAUGAUUCUUGCUUCAAGUACUGUCUUAAUGACCUUGUUCAACCGCAUUAAUUCAAAAGAGGGUGAGUGGAAGGAAUAAACAAGAAGCCAUACUGCCUGCUUCUUUUCUCCUCUUGUGAUUUAGUUUUCUCUUUCGUUUUAGUAUACCUUCUGUACUACACUUAUAUUUUUGGUAUCUGCACCCUAUUAUACGUACUUUAAACACAAUCUAUAUUCGAGGGCUCUCGGUUUGACAGACAUACUGACAGGCAGAUAGAUAUAGAGACAGACAGUUGGAUGGCGUCAACAGCAGCAGCAGCAAAGGCGCCGACAGACGUCCAAAAACCCCGCAAAAAGCACGUCCCAGCGGCUGUUGAGAGGCAUGUCGAGCCCUGGCUGCACUUUGUUGCUGGAGGACUCGGUGGCAUGGUAGGCGCUAUUGCCACCUCUCCACUCGACGUACUGCGCACUCGACAGCAGCUCUACGGAAUCAGCACAGCACAAAAACUCACAGGACGGCCGAAAAACAUUGCACUCCGCGCCGUAUACCCCUUUGUAACAACAGCGCGAUAUCUGAAGGAUUUGUGCGUAAAGGAGGGCGUGCGGGGAUGGUUCGCCGGGCUUGGACCGUCCCUGGUGGGGAUUAUCCCGGCUAGAGCAAUACAGUUUUUCACAUAUGGUAAUGGAAAGCGGUUCCUGGCCCAGCAUAAUGGCGGUAAAGAGACACCGUUGAUUCAAUUGUCGGCAGCCGCAAUUGCCUCUAUGGUCACAACCACGGCCACCAGCCCCAUAUGGAUGGUCAAGACACGGAUACAACUUCUUCCGAACAAAUACGAGAGCAGCCUGGCAUGCUUCCGCUCCAUUGUACAAAAGGAGGGUCUGCGCGGGCUGUACAAGGGCACUAGCGCCGCGUAUCUGGGUGCCUCGGAGAGCGCGAUCCAGUGGAUGAUAUACGAGCAGCUCAAGCGUGCGAUGAGCAAACGACAGGGCGCUGGCGGAGAUAGCAGCGACGGCAAGACCAUGCACGACUGGUUUGAGUACUUUGGCUCUGCAGCGUUGGCCAAACUGCUGGCAUCGAUGGUUUCGUAUCCGCACGAGGUACUAAGAACUAGAUUGCGGCAGCCACCGGACGAUAAGGGCGUGGUCAAGUAUCGUGGGCUGGUUAAUUCGGCCAAAAUCAUUCUCGCCGAAGAGGGCACCCGCGGAUUCUACGGCGGCCUAACACCGCACCUCUUGCGCACAGUGCCUAAUGCAUCAAUUAUGUUUUUGUCGUAUGAGCUUGUGCUGUAUUAUUUUGGCACUCCCCAGACAAAGAAUCACUAAAUACACUUACACAUUUGUGUAUCUUUGUUAACUUGUUAACUUGCUUAUUUAAAUGUUU